GAAUCAGUAAGAUCGGUUGUUCGAACAGUGAUAUUAGGGGGAAGAAGUCCUGCGAUAUUCCAGCCAUGUCCUGUCUUCGAUCGUAACUCAACCGCCAUUUUCCCACUUCCCACAAUGCCAGACCCGAGGCCCGACAAUCAUAAUGGCCAUCCUCACGGCGUCCCGGUUUCUGCCCACCAUGGCGCAGAACGUCCGGAAACAUCGGCUUUCACGCGGCCCUUCACUCUCUAUGAAGCCCUCCCAUACACGCCGUUCUCCGCCAUUGCACCCUUCGACUCUAGCGUUCUUCCGUCACCAUCAAUAGGUGUAGCGUCUCCGGCUUCCCCGCUCACCGAUCUCGUACCAGGCGACGACUUUGCAGCAUUAAAUCAAGAGGCGUUGACCCAGAACCCGCUCUCCAAACGCUUCCAACAAGCUGUCAGCCAAGUCCAACGUCUACUGGAGCGUGGAGAUAUUCCUGAGUUCAAAUUCAAGACAGGCCCAAGGAUAUUACCCAGCUCCUCCGAAACGCCAAAACAUUCCAAGCUUGCCGCCGCUCUCAUGCCGUUUUCCAAGAUGGUUCACGACCAGACUGCGAUACCCUUCCGGUAUCCGACUCCCGACACUCCGCCCUCUAUCGCGGCAGACAGUAAAGCGAACGUAUUGAGCACUCCAGUUCCAGCGUUACGAAAUCUGCCAGUGGCGCAGAAGCCGGUGCAGCCAAAGCAGGAAAGCCCCAUAUCGCCCAUCAACCGACAGGCACCACUACACAACAAGGCGCGGAUCGAGAUUGUCUUACCGACCAAGAGUCAGCGGGAAGACGAAGUCGCAGCCGCAACUCCUAAGCAACCUGCUGGAAACGCCAAUAUCACGAGCACGCCUCCUGUUCCUGCCGCCGGCGCCUUUCCACACUCUCAGCAACAAGCGCAUCAUUCGACGGCACUCAAUCACCAUGACGCCACGCGAGCGUCAACCUCAGAAGGAGCAAAGAGGACCGCGUCACAAGCGCCUUCGGCCUCCCAGAAGGCCGCAAUCGCCAUUGAACUCCCGACUGCAGCGAAGUUCAACAGGGAUGAGUACAUGGCUGUUCCAGACGAACCCGACGAGCCGACAAAUCUAUCACUGAAGAAGCGGAAGCGGGACGAGCUUGACGGCGAUGACCCCUACGGAGAAAGCUUGGACAUGCGUCAGAGAGCGGAUGCUGCUUUGAACGAGUUGAUGCUAUUCCUACAUAAUGUCUUCCAAGCCGAAGACCACGCGUUGGCACAGCAAUCUGCCAACGAUAUGGUGCUGCUCAUUGGAGACAAUGAAGCCACCUUGACGGCAGCAACUCAGUCCAAGGCGCAAACAUUACUUGCGAAAGCGGUAUCCUUGAACUGCUACAAGAGUGUUCCGCUUGACCACCUUCUCCGCCUACUCAGACUCUCGGAGGGCGCGCUGAGACAGGUCGAAUCUCUCGACUUCAAGAUUGACGAGUCGUGGGGGGCCGCUGAAUUCGACCAUUGGCUGCAGCAAUUCCCAGUUCUCGAGACCGCCAUGCGGGCUGCCCGUACUUCUCUGAGAAUGAUGUGCGGCGAUCGUGAGGACAAGCAGCUCUACCCAGAGGACAUGAUUGGGCAAUGCCUCAACUUGUGCAAGCGCCUCAUUGACGGCGUCGUCAUCCCCAUCGUGGAGCUAAGAAGCACUCAACAUACGGCGGAGCUGUUCAGGGCCAUCUCUUCCACUAAGAAGAAGAUCGUCGCUCUCUUAACCGACUGCCAAAAGCUCCUUUCGCUCAUGUCAGCCUUGAUCUCCAAAGUUGACACCUCGGAUACCGUCACCAAUACCCUGGAGUUUGCCGCCUCCCGGCUCAUUUUCAUGGAAACUGCCAACGCCGAAAAGGACUCCGUCCUAGACACACAGAGGUUUGACGGCCUCCGUCUUGUUGCGAUGGACAUGCUCUCGCAAAUCUUCCUUUUGAAUCCUUCUCAGCGUCAGGGGAUUUUCGACGAGAUCCUCACGUCAUUGGAGAAGCUUCCGCUGGGCAGGCGUGCUCGGACAUUCAAGCUCAUCGAUGGCAACAGCAUCCAGCCUGUCUCAGCCCUCAUUAUGCGCUUGGUCCAAACGAGUGCUGGAAAGGGAGAUGAGCGCAAGGGCAAGGGCCGCGGGGGCAUACUGGUCGAAGAUGCCAAGGAACCGAACAGCGAUACCGCCGUCGAGACCUUCACGAUCCAGGACGAAGACCAUGCUGCAGCACAGUACUCCACCGCGAUCCAGGAACUUGAUAGCAUGGCGACGUCCUUAAUGGAGAUUGCCAAAGCCAAUGCCUCAUAUGUCAUCAAGUUCAUCGUUAAUCGAGCUCUCAAAUCGACCAAAUCUGGCGACACGCCAUACCGCAACCUACUAGAUCUUUUCGUCGAAGACUUCACAACCUGCCUGGACAAUCCGGAUUGGCCGGCCGCUGAGCUACUUCUCCGGCUGCUCUUGGUCAUGAUGAUCAACCUGGUCGAGAAUGACAAGUCUGGAGUUCCCGCCAAGAACAUGGCCCUUGAGCUACUCGGCAGUAUGGGCGCCGCGAUUUCAAAGCUUCGCGGCCACGUCAGGAAAGUUGCCAGUUCCCUGGACGCUAGAGACGCGGACGAGCUCGGCAUGUUCCUCUCCGAUUUGGCAGCUUCAGCGCUCGAGUUCAAAUCACGCUCGGAACACGUGGUCGCUUGGACGGGGCCCUACCGCGCUACGCUAGAAUACCUAGAGAGCCGCUUCUCUGAGGACCCGCAUUUGGCGAGUGCCAUCUCCUUCAUUGUAUCCGACUGGGGCACAAAGAUUUGCGCUGGUUACGACUCGUACGAGGAUGAUUCCCGCGAGCGAGAUCAGGAAUUGGGGAGACUAGCCUACCGAUUGCGGGAAAUGAUACGGGAUCGCCGCUGGUUGUCCGACGAGUACUCGUUCAAGAACGUCAGUUCGAUCCAGGCCAAGUUGUCCUACUCCAUCAUUCUUCUGCGGUCCCAGCUCUGCGAGGCCUUCAGUGCUAUCCUGAACAUCCUCUUGAAUUCGAUGGCUAGCGACCAGCCGACGGUGAGGAGCAGGAGUUUAAAGAGUAUCAACCAAGUCCUGGAGACCGACCCCUCGAUUCUGGACGGCGACUCUGUGGUCGUCCAACUGAUACUCCGGUGUUCCAAUGACUCUUCUACCCAGGUUCGAGACUCCGCCCUGGGUCUCAUCGGCAAGUGUAUCGGUAUGCGGCCGGUACUCGAGGAAAAGAUGACAGAGACCGUCGUCGACAGAUUCUCUGACGCAGGCCCAGGCGUGCGAAAGCGAGCCAUGAAGCUGGCAAAGGAUAUUUACCUCCGCAACAACAACAGGGCCCUCCGGAGCGCCAUUGCCAACGGAUUACUCCACCGGGUCCAGGACCCGGAAGAGAGCGUUAGGGAUCUUGCUCGCCAAGUGGUCGAGGAGAUUUGGUUUGCCCCUUUCCACAGCGGCGAGACCUCGACAGCGUCUCAAAUCUCUCUUGCAGAGCAUGUGUCGCUCAUGGUUCAGACCGUCAAGCGAGGGAAUGUUGCGAACGUCCUCGACAAAGUCUUGCAGACGCUCUUGGCGCCCGAGUCCAAGUCAGCACAGGCAUCAAUGGAGGUCUGCACCAAGUUGGUGGCCAGCAUGUUUGACUUGGUCGACAACGUCGACUCCAGCGACCAGUCUGCCCCAUCUGGGCGCGACGUCCUCCAAGUUCUGAUGAUCUUCGCCAAGGCUGAAGCGAACCUUUUCACCUUUGAACAGCUGCGUCUCCUGAAGCCUCACAUCACCAGCAUCAGCAGCAGCGAAGAUCUGGCUGUGUCGAGAGCCGUAGUGGUCAUCUACCGCAGGGUCCUUCCCCAGCUUUCGAGCGCACACGUUCAAUUCCUUGCAGACGUCCGCAAGGAGCUGCUGCCCGUCGUGUCCAAAGUCACGCGGGCCCUGCUUGACGAUGUCAUGGCCUGCUUGUGGAUCAUCAGCACGCUGCUGGAGACCUCGGAGCAUCUGGCCAGAUUGGUGCUGUCGAGCUUGACCGCUAUUCAGAAACUGCGCAUUCUGAGCCAAAGGGAGCCCCUUGAUCAGCUCAAGAUCCGCCAGUUUGACCGGUAUUCGCUCAUUGUCGGAAUGGCCGGAAAGCACUGCAAUCUGGACAGCCACCUUGAGAUGUUCAAGAAGGGCUUCCCGAAAUUCAGCGGAGACACCGCGUCGAAGCUCAUGGUCGACGUGGUGGUGCCUUUCGCCGCCCCGUCCCAGCCGUUGGAUGUCAGGAAAGCAGCACUUGACUCGGUUGGCCUGAUUUGCCAGGCGUCGCCGCGGAACUAUGUCUCUGCCAACGUUUAUACGACCUUCCAGCAGGUCUUUGACGACCAGGUUCCGGUUCUUGAGACGAUGAUUCUGCGGUCGCUCAAGGAGUUCCUCUUUGCCGAGGAGAAGCGAUCAGAACAAGCUUCCGAAGCGCCCGUCAUCAAUGGCGCCAAACCCGAAAAGAAGCGCGAGCUGACCGUGAUCGGCGGUACCAACUACGACGACGUGGCGAGUGCCACUACGCACCGGUUUCUGCGGGAAAUCACGCGCAUCGCCACCUCUACCCAAGACGACCAUGCCUUCCUGGCUGUUGAAGUGCUCGCCAGCAUCAACCGGCAAGGCCUGGUGCACCCGAAAGAGACGGGAGUGACCUUCAUCACUCUCGAGACGUCGUCAAAUCCGCGCAUUUCGGAGCUGGCCUUCCUUGAGCACAAGUCUUUGCAUGCCAAGCAUGAGACAGUGGUCGAGCGCGAGUACGUCAAGGCGAUCCAGUCCGCCUUUGCGUACCAGCGAGAUAUCGUCAAGGAUCCCCGCGGCGCUACGACCAACCCCUUCACCCCCAAGCUGCAUUUGCUCAUGGAGACGCUCAAGAUCAGCAAGUCGAAGAACCGCCAGAAGUUCUUGGAAAAGUUUUGCACUCAGGUCGACUUUGACAUUUCCAAGCUCGAGACUACCGAGGAACUCCCGCCUCACGUGCAGUACUCGCGCUUCAUUAUCGAAAACCUCGCUUACUUUGAGUAUGUCACGGUUGGCGAGCUGCACUGCAUAGUUUCGGCCAUGGAGAAGCUGGUCACGUCCACCGGCGCCAACGUCGCCCAAGCGAUUGAAUCGGAAGUGUUCCAGGUGCGCAUGGACGCCGAUGAACCAGCGCCCUCCCAGGCACAGCCGGCCACCGAACGCCAGCCCGAACGCUCAGCUGAGCCCGCGCUUGCGCAGCCAGAACCUACCGUUGAACUUCGCCGUCUACGCCAGCUCACGGCCGGAUCCAUGAUACUGCUCGCCCUCUGGGAAGUCCGCAGCUACCUGCGCCGGCUCUACGGCAUGGGUACCAGCCGCCGCGAGAGCAAGGGCAAGCUCCAGUCCAAGGAUUUGCACAAGACGCCCGUCAAAGUCCAGGGCAUCACGGGCGACAAGCUGUGGGAGGAGAUUGGCGCCGUCAUGACGUCGCUCGCGGACCGCGAGCGCAUGAUGAUCACGUGCAAGGCGUUUGUCGAGCUGAUGAACGUCGACAAGGAGUUCCUUGUCCCCGUGGAGGACGACGACGAUAUGGAUAUGGACGGGGCGGAAGGUGAUGGAUUGUUGGGCAGUGCCGGGGAGGAUGAGGUUGAAGAGCUGCCGCAGCAGCAGCAGCAAGUCAGAGGCCGGAAGCGCAAGGCGCAGCAGGGCGGUGCUGGACCGAAGAAGAAGAGGGCCAGGUCUGGCUCGCAGCCGCCGCGGAAGAGGGGCCGGCCGAGGAAACAGAGCGGGGAGGCGCUGGCUGCGAAGGAGAUGGAUGCGGAUGCGGGGUUUGACGAUGGGGAGUGGUUUUGAUGAGAUAUCUUGCCUUUAUUCUGAUGGAUGGCAUCUCAAAUCUGGUGGGCAUUUUCCUCUUUGCAGACACUUUUACCGCCUAGUAUGGACGGCGAAGCAUUACAUGGACUUGGCGGGGUGGAUGGGUGAGAUCAGGAAGGAUGGGAUACUGGCAUUUCACUGAUUGUGGUGACGGCGAAAUAACAUUUGGGACGUCAACUAAGUGCAAGCUGGCAUAGGGGCGUUACCUGGCUUUGCUUCGCGGAGUUGGGGGAAAGGAUGGCUCGACUUGACGGUUAUAACGUAGCAUACGGGCAUAGGGUGGACGGCGUUUCUCUGGUCGGCCUACUUACUGCUCAGGCAGAAGCGGAGGUCGGAACAAUACAUAUAUAUAUUACCCUCUGUGUCUUGGUAUAGCUGGCUGUGUCAAGAUAGGGAUGCGGAUAUAAUGCCAUCAUGAAAUGUAAUCUUGCUGAUAUGUCUACGGAUUAGAUGAAGAAAAGAUCUGAGCUG